AUGGAUACAAUGAAACGAAAAUGGACCAGUCGAUUUUUGAACUUUGAUUUCGUAAGUUUUAAACAAAAUUUUGUUUUAAAUUAGUUUGUUUUUUUGUACUUUAAAUUUGCAUAAUUUUUUUGGGAAGAUUUUGCUAGUUGCUGGGCGGGGUAAAUUUUCAUUUGAAGAGGGGGGGGAGAAAAAAAAGAAAAAAAAAUUUAGUUGUUUGUACUUUAAAGUUACAUAAUUUAUUUGAAAAAAUUUUUUAUGGGUCGGGCAGGGUGAAUUUUAUUUUGAAGGGGGGGGAUAUUUAAAACUUUUUUUUUGUAAAAAGCAACAAAGAUAACCCCUUAUAAAAACCUUUAUCUUUUUUCAAAAAAAAGUUUAAUCCACCUUUGUCCCCACUCUCGCCCCCCCCCCCCUGUUUAUCAACCCACCUCUGACCAAAAUUUACUGUCAAAGCCUUUUUUAAUUGUAUGCCAAACGUUUGCCUAUAAUUCCAUAAUUUUCAACACUUUUUCGAUUCAUUUCUCAUCGUAUGCUUUACUCAAUCGCGUAAACGAGAUGAGUUACCAUUCGAAACAAGAUGAAACAAGCCUUCGGAAGCGCGAAUCAUCAUUUUAGGAGUUUGUUAAUGGGAAAGAAACCCGUUCCAAUCCGGAUUUUAUUCUUAUAACUACACCCAUUUAAAAUAUCUUUAAACUGCGUUGGUUUACAUUAAACUGUUGGGUCAUUUUAUGUAAAGGUUUAUAUUAUAGUAGGUUUUGAGGUGGGGAGGGGUGGGGUGAGGAAGGGGGGGGGGAGGUAUUGCUCAACGUAAAAAAGGGUGAAUUAUUGCCUAAAAAUUAUUUUUUUAGUUAUUUUAAAUGAGCUUCAGUUACUUUUUUUUUAAUUUUUUGACCAUGCCCUGAGGGCCCUGGUGUGUCGGUCUCCUUGAGGCCUAUCUUAUACAAAAAAUAUCAUUUUUUAACCAAAGAAAAAACUUUUAAUAAAUAAAUUUCAGAUGGAGCCAGGCAAAGUCGCUACGAUAGCGGCGGUCAUUAUUUCGACCGGUGCUAUUGUUAUGACACUCAACAUAACAUGCAAAAUGUACAGUGAAAUCACUGAAAUGAGGGAUGAACUGAUGGGCGACAUCUAUGAGUUCAAUGUGGGUUUUUAUACUCUUCGAUACUAAAAUGACUUUAAAAUGUUACCAUAGUGACAGAUAGAAUAGUACUAAAUUACAGUACCUUAAAAAAGCAUUAUUUCACAUAGUACCUUUAGGUCAUACUGUAAAAAGUACUUUUACCUUAAUGUUAAUUACAGAACUUGACAAAAGAUGCCUGGAGCGAAAUGAUGGCGAUGCAAAACGCUGCUCCAAAGAAGCCUCAACCAUUGAAGUCAAGACUGCCAUUUGAAAGCAUGUUCAGAGAAAGAAGACAGUCUUCUGGACUUCCGGCUCAAUGCAGUAUGUUAUAUCUUUUACUCAUCAUAUCUUUUAGAAUUUAAAAAUUUCGCACUAUUAUAAAACGUUUUCUUACAGAAUGUGGUCUCCAACCAAACAACUGUCCCCCAGGCCGUCCUGGCCCACCUGGCCGUCCUGGAAUCCACGGAACCCCAGGCGUCCCAGGCCCAGCUGGUCGUAUUGGAAUGUCCGGCAACGCUCUCGGCGACGUACUAUACCAACAACCCUGUGUCAAAUGCCCAGCUGGACCACCAGGCCCGGCCGGCGCUCCAGGAACACCAGGAGUACCCGGUGUUGAUGGCUCCGACGGAUCCGAUGCUGUUCCAGUACCACCUGGUCCUCCCGGUCCACCAGGCCCAGAAGGCGAUCAAGGCGAAGGUGGUGCUGAUGGUGUACCAGGUGAAGACGGAACUCCUGGCGCUUCUGGAGUCAAGGCUAUUCCUGGUGCUCCCGGUCCACAAGGUGCUUCAGGAGAAGCGGGAGAAGCUGGUGAGCCAGGUCAACCUGGUACUAGUGUUGAUGGUGUUGUUGGGGAACCAGGAGAUACUGGAGCUCCGGGUAAUCCUGGCAUGCCUGGUCCACGUGGUCGUCCUGGUACACCAGGAAGUGAUGGUAUUCCUGGCCAAGAUGGUCAAUAUUGUCCUUGUCCAGCUCGUGGAGCUUACAUUCAGCCAGCUGAAGCUAAAGAGACAUAUGAAAACAAUGGUCCUGUUGAAGGCAGUGGAAUCUAA